AUGUGUGAAAUCUCAUCGUCAAUUUGUACAUCACCAAUAGGUCUUUUAUCAUUAACUUAUUGUUCGAAAGGUCUUCAUUCUAUCGGACAAAUAAAGUCUAUCAAUGAUGAAUCCUUUCUACCAGAUGAAAAUCAACCAGUUGAAAUUCAAUCAUCAAAUGGAAAGCUUCCAAUGCCUGAAUCAUGUCUUAAUUGGCUUCGUACAUAUUUUCAUACACCGAAAAAAUUAACUAAAACACCUGAGCUUUGUCCGAAUGUUGCAUCACAAAAAGGUUCAUUUCAAGAAAGUAUUUGGCGUGCACUACUCGAUAAUGUUCAUUUCGGUCAAACAGUCACCUAUGGACAAUUAGCUGAAUUAGCUGGAAAUAAAAAAGCUGCACGUGCGGCUGGAACAGCUAUGCUACGUAAUCCAUUUCAAAUAAUUGUACCAUGCCAUCGUGUUAUUCGAUCUAAUGGUGAUAUUGGAAAUUAUUCAGGAGGAACAAGAAACCUAGUUAAACUUUGGCUACUUAAACAUGAAAAACAAUAA